UUAAACAGUAAUAUAAUAAUUGUAACCGCUCGAAACAAAGUAUCUAUAUGGUGACGUCACUAAAGCCUAUCAUUACAAAAGUUUGACUUGCAGGUACCUAAACCCUAGUAGAAAUUAUGAAAUAUAAUUUUUAUCCACCAAAAAUCAAUUGAAAUAAAAUACUAUAAUACAGAUAGUUUUCGUUCUACUUUCAAUAGAAGUUUCAAAUGCAGUUCGUGUUUGACUCCCUACCAAGCAAGACGUAUAUGUAGUCUUGUCGCAACCGCAUUUUAUCUUCCUACAGAAUUGCACAACGUUCAACGCUAACCAGCACCACAGACGUGGCACGAGCUAAGAAAAAAAAAAUAAUAACUGCACGACGGUGUGUAUAUCGAAGCAGGAGUUGCCUAUUUAAACUGUGUAAAAUACAGGCCUUAAUACUCAACAAUAAAUAAGAGAGUUGAACGUAUUGUGAUCAAAUCAAUCAUUAUAACAAUGGAGUCUUUAUUGCGAGAAGACCUGCCAGAAAUUGUCAGCAAUGGAGCGUUUGGAAAAAAUCUUCAAUAUAUGUCAUUUGAAUUGGACAAGGACACCGUCAUACAGGAUCAGUACAUGUCAACAGUAUUAUUUGGUACAGUCACCACAUCUGAUGAAUCACAACAUCGUGUUGUAAUAAAGUUAAAACUUCGAGAUGAAAACAAGAGAAUCAUGUUCCAAAUCGACUUUCAAUUCCACAACGAAAUUACUAUGUAUGAAAGAAUUAUACCAUUCUUGUUUGAAUGCCAUCGAUCUAUGGAGGGUGUCGGGGACUGGCCAACAUUGACUAAAUUUUUUUACGGUCGUAAUAAAUGCGGUGAGUUUGUUGAAAAAGAUUUAAUAGUAUUGGAGAAUAUCAAUCCUCUGGGAUUCCGAUUGAGCGAAGAACGGCUGUUCCUUGACUAUGAUCACCUCUUAAUUGCGUUACAAGCAUUAGCCAAGUUCCAUGGGUUGUCAUACACAGCAAAAUACAAAGACCCCGAUCGAUUUCAAGAAAUCAUUAUGGAUAUCCGGGAUACACAAUUUGAUGCAGAUGGACAGUGGAUAUUUAAGAACAACGCAUUAAGUAGAUUCGGUAAGCGAGGAGUAGACCAACUGCUUGAACGUAGCGGUGACCUUUAUCGGGAAAACGAGCACUUGCGUCGAUUUAACGAAAUCACUGGUGACGGAAACAACUCGCUGAAACGUGCGCUCAUUCCCCGAGAACCAUUUUCCGUCGUGUGCCACGGGGACUUUAACCGGAACAAUAUGGCGUUCCAGUAUGACGAGGCAGGACAUCCGGUUGAUGUGUUGCUGUUUGAUUUUGGAACGCCUCGUUACGGGUCUCCAGCGUUAGAUCUGUCAUUUUUUUUCUAUAUGAACACGAGGCAAAACUUGCGUGAAAGUCGGUGGGAUGACUUACUGAACGCAUAUUGCUUGACUUUGGCGGAAUCCGUACCGUCCGGCGUACGCGUUCCGAACAGGGCCGAACUGAACUCUGAAAUGGCUACGUUUUCUUAUUAUGGCUUUGCACGCGCAUCAUUUUUCUUACCCCAUCAGUUAGAAUCAAAUGACAUUAUUAAUGUGGAAAUGGAAGAAGAAGAAAUGUUGGAGUUUUUUUUACGGCUGGGUGGCGACAUUGGGUCGGAUAUAGUUGCUGACAUGGUCCAACACAUUGUCGACAUGGAGUACACGAACCUGUAACGUAGUUAUCGGUUUGUUUGAUUGUUUGAUACAGAUUACCAUACUUUAUUAUUGUACGCUACAUUGCCGAUUUGGUAGGUAUUCAUCUUUUAUCUGUAUUUGUUACGUCAAUAUUAUUUUAUUAAAAUGUCGUAUUUCAUGUAUUAUGUAUAUAAGUAAUAAUAUGUAUGUAAAUAAUAAAUAAUAAAUAAUUCAACCAUUGAUUUUUGAACAAAAGGGAUUAAAAUAAAUUUAUAUAAUUAAAUAAUAUGUAUUGUUGUUUUCUAUUUUUUUUACAUAUUUUAAAGAGCUUAUACUGAGAACUCUGGGAACAUGGGUUUUGAUAUUUUAUAAAAAAAAUACUUAGGACUAUAGCUCUUCUUCUUUGUAUGUAAACUAUGACAGCAUCUCACCAGAAUCAAGUUGGUAUGGCUUCUAGAUCAAACAUUUAAUUAAAUGUAGGUAUUGUGAAAAAGUCGACAGUUUAAAAAUAACUGCUAUUAAUUUGAUGGCUUUCACUUAUUCUAUUAAUUUAUUGUAUAU